GAACCUACAUGUGUACGUUAUUCUAACGUCAAAUUUAUACAUUCGUUCGGCAGUUUUCUUUGUGUAUUCGGAAUUUCGUACAAUUUUAUCCUUUCGAAGCUAUCACAUAAUCUCCGAGUGCUUCGAAAAAAGUUUCCACAGCAAUGAGUCAACGGCCAGCCGAAGAAAAAAUGGAUGUUGACGGAGAGGAGGCUGUGGCGGCGUCGGGAACAACGCCUUCAGGCACGGUAGCGGGAGUUGCUCCCGGUGGAUCACAAACUACUGCCCUAGCGAAGCCUCAACCGGAAUCGCGUAACGUUAUGGCUGGCAGCGCCACUGUUCCCUCGGUAACGUGUUCGCUACAUCCACUGGUAAUAAUGAACAUAUCGGACCAUUGGACCCGAAUUCGAGCCCAGAAGGGAUUCAAGUCGCAGGUUUUCGGUGCACUGAUCGGCAAGCAGAAAGGACGAAACAUUGAAGUGAUGAAUUCGUUCGAGCUCAAGUUUGACGUUAUCGAUGAGGAAGUACACAUUUUGAUGGAUUACUACAACGUGAAGGAGCAGCAAUAUAAACAGGUUUUCAGCGAUCUUGAUUUUCUCGGCUGGUAUACCACUGGUGCUGUCCCAUUGGAGAAGCACAUAAAUAUUCACAAGCAGAUCUGCCAAAUAAAUGAAUGUCCCAUCAUGCUGCUGAUGGAUCCUACGAGUCGGAAUAUGAAUCAAUUGCCCAUUUCGUUGUACGAAUCGGUGAUUGAUAUAGUUCAGGGCGAUGCGGUGAUGUUAUUCGUUCCGCUGACUUACACGCUAGCCACCGAAGAAGCAGAACGGAUCGGUGUGGACCACGUGGCUCGAAUGUCGACAAACGAAUCGGAUGAAAAUUCUACGGUUGCAGAGCAUUUGCUCGCACAGCAUAAUGCAAUUAAAAUGUUGCAUUCGAGAGUGAAGAUUGUGUUGGCCUAUAUCAAAGCCGUUAAGAGCGGUCAGUUAGAGGAGAAUCAGGAAAUUCUUCGAGGUGCUUAUUCUUUGAGUCGUCGUUUGCCAGUUAUUCAGAAUCCUACGUUCAAGGAGGAAUUCUAUACGCAAUCAAAUGAUGUCGGUCUUAUCACCUAUUUGGGAGCGCUUACAAAAGUCCUCAAUGACAUGAAUCAGUUAGUGAAUAAAUUCAACGUUUUGUAUGACCGUCAAGGUAUGGGGCGAAGAAUGCGAGGAUUGUUCUUCUAGAUAAUCUUUUGAGUUAUACGAAUUGAAACAUAAAAAUGCGUGCAGAGAAUAUUCUUUUGUUUUCUGUCUCAAAUUAAA